CGGUACACACGGCGCGGUCUCUGCGCGUAAUUUUAGCCACGCACGCGCCCGCGCCGGUCACGCCGACUCUCCGCACCACAGUAAACAACCCAGAAGCGACUGCCUGGCUGACCUUCAAACCCGCGAAGGGGAACCAGCUCAAUACAGUGGAGCGAUGUCGCGCGUGUACGAGACGGAGGACGCUGCGUACGCGACGGCAUGCAGCGAGGGCACGCUGGCGGGGCCGCGGGGGUUCUUCCGCGCACUGGCGGAGGAGGCGGCGGCGCGGGCUGAGGGGUCCGCCGGCUGGCUGGACCGGCUGCCGACACUCGACGGGGCCGCGCGCCUGCAGGCCGUCAUCGACCACCCCGAGGUGAUGGGCGUGCUGAGCGAGGCGCUGUCCAGGGUGUGUCCGCUGCGGCGCGGCAAGGACGCCCGCGCAUCGCAGCAGCGGCGGGAGGGCGCGCGCGCCGCCCUGGCCGCCGGCGACCAUGCGCGUGCGCUCGCGCUCGCCAGCCAGGCCGUGUUGAAAGCGCCGCCCACAGGCAGCGAAGAGGCCCUGGACGGCGGCGUGUCACUGGCGCUGGCGCUGUGGCAACGGUCGGAGGCGCUGCUGGCGGCGGGGCACGCGCGCGCCGCCCUCGCUGACCUGCGGCUGGCGUUGCGCGAGCGCUUGCCCGCGCGCAUGCGCCCGCUGUACUAUUGGCGCAUGGGCCACUGCUACAAAGGAGCGGGUGAACCGACGCGCGCCAAGGUGUCGUACGAGCUAGCGGGGCGGCUGCUGGGCGGAGACGAGGAGGCGCGCGCGCAGCUCGCGCGGGACAUCGACAGCCUCGACUUCAAUGCGCAGCCGCCACCUGCCGUCGAUAGGACAGGCAUCUCAGUCACGGGCGGAGCCAGGCAGAACAUGCCAGCACUAUCCAAACUUGUCAAAAUUACUGAAGAAGAAAACAGGGGUCGGUUCGCGGUGGCGGGCGCGCGCGUGCGCACGGGCGACGUGCUGCUCGUGGACGCGCCCUACGCCGCCUGCCUGCACCAGGACUACUACGGCACGCACUGCACGCACUGCUUCAAACGGCUGGACCAGUGGUCGGAGGAGGCGCCGGUGUGGUGCCCCGCGUGCUCCGCGGUGGCCUUCUGCGGGCUCAGCUGCCGCGAGGCCGCCCUCGGCUCCUACCACCCCCACGAGUGCAGCUUCCUCGAUCUAUUCAUAGGCUCCGGCAUGUCAAUACUCAGUCACAUAGCUCUCCGUAUGGUAACACAAGCCGGUCUCGAGACAACUCUAUCGAUACAUUCAAAAUAUAUAUCAAACGAUAUAAAGACAGUAGAAGGUACCGUUUUGAAUGAUAUCGAAGGUGUGACGAAGAAAUCUAAAAUGAAGAAUAGAAAAGAAAGACUAAAUAGAAGCAAGAAAGGAUUGAAAAUGAACGAAAAGAACUCCAAUGAAGAAGAACUAGAUGGUAAAGGUGAAGACAAAGUUAAUUUGGUAGAAAAUCUGGAGUUGAAAGCGUCUCAAAUAUACUCACUGUGCACACACACCGACCAGAGGAGCGGGGAGGACUGCUUGAAGAGGAUAGUGAUGGGGAUGUUCCUUACCGAGUGUUUGAAGAAGUCAGGAUAUUUUCAAUCCUGCGAUCCAGAUAAUCUUGAGAAAGCGGAGCGCGCGGUGUGCGAGACGCUAGUGCGCAACCUGCAGCUGCUGCAGUUCAACGCGCACGAGAUCUACGAGACGCUGCGCGGCGCGCACGCCUUCUCCGGCUCCAAGCCGCUGUACAUCGCCGUCGGCAUCUACCCCACCGGCGCGCUCUUCAACCACGAGUGCUACCCCGCCGUCGCCAGGUACUUCGAAGGCACCAAACUGGUGCUGCGCGCAUCUCGGCCCCUGGAGCCGGGGGACGUGGUGUCGGAGAACUACGGCCCGCACUUCCUGGUGCGCGGGCUGCAGGAGCGGCGACGGGCGCUGGCCUCACGCUACUGGUUCCACUGCGACUGCCGCGCCUGCCGCGAGGACUGGCCAGCGCUCAAGCAGAUGGCCGCCGACGACCCGCCCUACCUGCGAUGUCUAAAUACUUCGUGCACCUGGAAAUUUAAAGCACACCUUAAGAGUUUACCCACUAAAUGCAGCAAGUGCUCCACUAACGUUGACAAAGAUUUGGUGAAAAUCAAUUUGGAAGCCGUUGAGGAAUGCAUCAGUUCGUUUCAGGAGGGCGCGCGGUUGAUGGAGGAAGAGCGCGGCGAGGAAGCGACGCGCGUGCUUUGCGCGGCGCUGGACCGCGCGCUCGGCUGCGCAGGCGCCGCGCCGCCUCUGCGCGCCGCGCAUGUUGCGCAGGAGGCGCUGCGCUCCUGCUUCGCCGCCGAUGGGAACGUGCACACAGUCACCGGCGACCGCGCACCGACCCCAGACACCACCCUCACCUAAACCCUUUACCCUACUUCCAUAUCACUGACAUUUUACAAAGUGAACUGCCGUCUGUGUGCAACCGACCUUUAUAUACUUCCAACUUGUUGUGGUUUUCCUUUUCAAUGUUGUUAAUAUUUAAUAAAACGCUUUAUUAUUG